UCCUCUUGCUGCUGCGUUUCUUUCCUUUCCCCGCCUACUCCGGAGCGGCAGGUGGCGCCGUCGGUGCUUGGCCCUGCAGCGGAAGGCAGCCCUGGCUGCUGUGGGCAGCGUCGGAGGCUCAGUGGUCAAAGGACACGGGGGCGGGGCUGGGGCGUUUGUUUACUGCCGCUUGGGCUUUCUAGGCGGUGACGCUGCCCGGCCAGGGCUGGCGGAGCGGGGCCGGCAUGGGGCUCUGCUUGCCUUGCAUGGGAAGAGCCGUCGAUGAUGUCGUGGAGACGCCCGACCCGGAAAUGAAAAGAAGACAACUUGCAGAUGCUGCAGAAAAAAGGCAAAUGGAGGCCUCUUCCCGGGGUAUUAAAAAUCCAGCUUCAGUAGAGCAAAAGAAAAGGAAACAGGAAGAAAUGGAGAAACGUCUUGAAUCUGCUGGCCCAGGACCACAAGGAGGCGGACUAAGAUGGCAAGUUGAAUAAUUCUGAAGUGCAGCUACUGGAGAGGGAGAGAAGAGGGUGAACGUCCUACUGCCAACUACUUGCCAGUUCCUGCAGUUGUUCCUUGCUUGGCUUUUGCUGCCGUUUGCCUCCUGAAGAUGCAGCAGUACUUUGCCAUUGCAGCAGGGCUGCUGGAAAAUGUGCACUAAAGAUAUUUCUCAAACAAAAACCUCAUAAUGUACAGCAGAGAUGGCCAAAACCAGUCACUAAUUAGUUAUGCUGCCAUGUUGUAUAAUUUUGCAUGCCUUUACACACUGGGGAGAACUUGUGGAAGAGACACUUUUGUAAAUAAAUAAAAAUGUCAUGCCUUGUUAUAGGCCACUUGUUUCAAAA